AUGCGUUCAUUAUGCGUUCUAGGUGUAGCGAUACAUGCCUCUCUGCUCAUACUGCUGACUCAAGGAAUUCACAAAUCUAGAGAUGGAGUUUAUCACGGAAAAUCACGACGCUUUGCUAUAGACCACCGUCCACCUGGAUACCAUCACCUGGCGCCGAAGUAUAUGAUGCACCUUUACCGGAAUUACAAGUCAAAUCUCACUCGGCCUAUAGACAUAAUGGAGAAGACCAUCACAAAACAAGCAGACACAGUCAAGAGUGUGAUGGCAAAAAGUUUAUUUCACAGACCCCGACGCUGGACUGCAACCUUUGACCUGACCACCUUAUUGGCCGACGACCGGAUCCAAGCAGCGGAGCUCAGGUUCAGGUUUCCCCGGGCGACGAGGGCUUCCAACAUUACCGUGGAGAUUUACCAUCACCACGACUACCCGUGCAGGCAGACACAGGGGAUCUGCCAGGAACACCAGCUGGUGGGAUAUCUCUCUGUCUCCUCUGUGAUUAACUCCUCUCAACACUGGAAGGUGUACAACCUCACUGGUCCGCUGUUGAACUGGCUCGGCCAGGAACACGUUUCCAGGAGCUCAAUGAAGAGGAGAUCACCAGACAAGACAAAGAGAGAUUUGGCUGGGUCUACAACACAGCAGAACCCUGUCCAGUUGGCUGGGUCUACAACACAGCAGAGUCAGUGUGUGAACAACAGAGCCUUGCUGGUUGUAUUCUCUCAUACAGGGUCGGAGGAGGGCUCCCAGGCCAAGGCUAGCCUCCUCCACACGGCCGAACAGUCCAAGUUCCUGUCCACCACCGAGCCCCAGAAGAUCCGCAGGCUGAAGAGACACAAGAAAAAAAGGGUCCACUCAGGCCAGGAGGAUCCACCGGACAUGAGAGGUCCAGAGGUGUCCAGCGGAAACAAUAAGAUUGACCCGUCUCUCUGUGGAAGAGUUGAUAUGCAUGUAGACUUCAAUCAGAUAGGCUGGGGGUCCUGGAUCGUCUUCCCAAAGAUGUAUAAUGCCUAUCGAUGUGAGGGGAUCUGUCCAAGUCCUUUGGGAGAAGACUUGAACCCAACAAAUCAUGCUUACAUGCAGAGUCUCCUAAAACACUACCAUCCUGAGCGUGUUCCCUCGGCGUGCUGCGCCCCCACCAAGAUGAGUCCUCUAAGCAUGCUGUAUUAUGAGAAUGGAGAAAUGCUGCUUCGCCAUCACGAGGAUAUGGUUGUGGAUGAAUGUGGCUGCCUGUAG